AUGACAGGACCUGGUGGUUCUUCAUGCGGUGCAUGCAAAUUUUUGAGAAGAAAGUGUUCCACCGAAUGCAUUUUUGCGCCUUACUUCAGUUAUGAAGAGGCAUCUAAGGAUUUCUCAGCAGUUCAUAAGGUGUUCGGAGCAAGCAAAGUCUCCAAGCUACUGUUGCACCUCCCAUUGCACUGUCGCAGUGAUGCUGCUCUAACCAUGUCAUAUGAAGCCUUGGCUAGGAUGCAUGAUCCAAUUUAUGAACGUGUUGGUCACAUUUUUGCACUCCACCACCAGAUAGCUAGCCUCAUAGAGGAGAUUGAAAUUAUGGAGAACCAAAUGGCUAGCUUUCAAGGUGAAGUGCCUAUGCACAACAUGAACAUUAAUACACUUCAAUAUUCCUUGGAAUGCAAUAACAUGAACUUGGAAAAUAACCAUGUCAAUCAUAGUAUCACAUCGCCAUCAUCAGCAAAUGAAGCUUUCGCUAUGCACAUGAUAAGUAGAUUUUCCAUUCCCUUCUUUGAUUUAGACAUCUUAGAGAGAUUCUUUGAAGGGCAAGCCCCACCUCAUCAGUCUGCAUUUGCAAUCCUUGGUGACAUGCACCCAUUUUAG